AUGGGCCUAGAAGUGGAGCGGUCAGUUAAUGAGGAGGCUGAUACUAAUAAGGAGUACCAACCUGUCGAGCCCAAUGCGGAAGCAGAUUCCUACAGUUGUAAGAUGAUUGGUACACGUGAUAAAAAGGGUGUGCAGACUGGUGAGAGUCUAAUUUUUAAGGAACUAGGCAAAACUUUUAAUGCUAAGGCUUCUGAAGAAAUAAAGGUGGAGGAUCAGUGGUCAGAACCUGCAGUUACUACCUGGAGCCAAUUUAGGGAGAUCUUCUUCGACAGGUAUUUCCCCGCUUCCACUAGGGAAGCUAAGGCGGGGGAGUUCUUGAAUUUGACACAAGGGUACUUGAGCAUACAACAGUACGCGAUCAAGUUCAUGGAGCUAUCUCGCUUUGCCCUGUACAUGAUCCCGGAUGAGCCAAAGAAGGCCCGGAAGUUUGAGAGAGGUCUGAGGCAAGAAAUAUGCACGCAGGUGGUGGUGUUGUAG